AUGGCUGGAUGUCGGGACAACUCGUUCGGCCCUUACGCGGGCGCGGGAUGCCGCGGCGGGUUCGAUUUCACCCUCACGUUCGAGGAGAUUGUCAUGACCUUGGUGCCCGUCACUAUUUUCCUGGCUAUAGCCACGAUCAGAAUCUGGGUGCUGUGGAAGCGUGGUUCCGUGAGGGCUGGAGUGGGACGUGACCGAUUGUUGAUGGCCAAGCGGAUGGUUACUGGAAUGCUAUGCGUUCAAUCUCUCGCCCUUCUGAUAUGUGUCAGGUAUCAACCACCCCUGACCCAUCUGAUGCUGGCCGUCACCGCUGUGCUCGUCGUAGAAAGCGUCAUCCUCGUCGGUUGGUCCACGCUGGAGCAUCAACGCAGUGCGCGCCCAAGCGUCAUCUUGAAUACCUACCUGGGGUGUAUGGUGUUGCUCCAGGGAUGUCGUGUUCGCUCGCUCUGGCUAGCAGACAGCCCCCUGGCCCUUUGCAUUCUCACUACAACCUCCUUAGCCACACGCCUGGCCUUGUUAACCCUAGAAUCCGUGGACAAACCUGCCCUCGAAUUAAAGGAUUCGCCGACAUUAGUCGAAGACCGCGGAUCAUUCCCAACCCAGGUCUUCUUUGGCUGGCUACUGCCAUUGCUGCGCCAAGGAUACUCAGGCAUCUUGUCAGCGGUCGACUUUUCCGGCCUCGAGACGGACCACACGCAGCAGGAGCGACAACGUCGCUUUGCCGCGGCGGUUGAACGCCGACGAGGGACAGACGCCUCCAACUUCCAUCUGAUCACCAUUCUGAUCCGCUGCAACCUGGUCGACUUCGCGGGAGCCAUCAUAUUUCGACUCCUGUAUAUCGCGACGCUCUUCGCCCAGCCGUUUCUUAUCCAAGAUAUCCUGCGCUUCCUAGACGACAGCAGCGUGCCGAUCAAUCGGGGCUAUGGUCUGAUCGGUGCGUUCGGCCUAAUCUACCUGUUCAUCGCCAUCUUCACGGCCCACUACGCGCAUUGCACCAACCGCUUUGCCCUCGGUUCUUGGGCCCUGUUGGUAAACGCGGUGGUGGACGCUACGCUGAAUGCCCCCGUUGCCACGAUCCCAUCGCCGGGCAAGGUGGGUGCCGCUGUCAAUGUGGACGCGGCCAACAUCGUCCAGGGAUUCCGGGCGAUGCACGAUAUGUGGGCUUCGUUUGUUAUAGUAGCUCUUUGCUUGUGGUUGCUAUAUAUUCAGCUCGGAAUCGCCUUUGUUGCUCCCCUGCUAUCCACCAUGGUGUUUACCGCCCUGACUGUCAGUGUCUCGCCGAUCAUGAUCCGCCGGCAGCGGUCUUGGGUCGAAGCGACAGAACGCCGCCUGGGCGUAAUCAUCCGGACGAUUGCGUCCAUCAAGGAAAUCAAGAUGAUGGGCCUCGGAUCCAAGAUGGAAGGGAUGAUCCAGCAGCUUCGCAGGGAAGAGGUUCGAAUGGCAAGGUAUGGACGGCGCUUUCGACGCAUGAUCUCUCUCAUCGUACUCUUCUCGGCAGGAUCAUACCAGGGCGCUACCUUUGUGACCUAUGGAGCGUUCGCCAUUAUCUGUCGCAUGACGGGCACAUCGCUGAAUACGUAUAAACUGGACAUGUCGCUGUCGGUCCUCAGCAUCAUGACCAGCCCCUUGUAUCUAAUGAUCCAGCAGGCGCCAACGGUUGUUGCCGGACUGAAUUCCCUGCAGCGACUGGAUGCCGUGCUUAAGCUCCCACGCGUACCCGAUACGCCUCCCCGAGAGGCUGACCGUGUUGCAGGACCCGCUGAGAAAAAAGCGCUGAUCUCACUCCAGGGUGUCACGUUGAAUUGGGAUGGGAGCCCACCGGUCCUCCAAGACAUUAAUGUCCAGAUACUCCCAGGCCAGCUCCAUGCUAUUGUCGGCCCAACGGGCUCGGGCAAGUCAACACUCUUAAGGGCUCUGCUGGGCGAGUUGAACCCUACCUGCGGGGCAGUCUCCAAGAGAGUCACCGGAGGGACUGCAUACUGUGCCCAGAAGCCAUGGCUCAUGAACGGGACAAUUCGAUCGAACAUCAUCGGAACCGGCGUGUGUGAACCAUCAUGGUACCAGCAGGUUCUCUUCGCGUGUGACCUAGACAAGGAUCUGGCAGCACUCCCUCAGGGCGAUCAGACGCCGAUUGGAUCCGCAGGAGUCGCCCUCAGUGGCGGGCAGAAACAGAGAGUGGGCCUUGCUCGGGCUUUGUAUGCCCGGCCAGAGCUCCUCAUCCUCGACGACGUCCUGAGCGGGCUAGACAAUACCACACAACACAAUGUCAUUGAGCGACUGUUUGGGGCCCAGGGCGUGGGUCGCCAGGCGCGCAUUACCACUGUCGUGGUUACACAUCAUGCAACACUGAUUUCCUUGAUGGACACUUGCUUGCUCUGUGGAGAUGGCAAUGUGGAGGUUCAAAGCUCCAGUACUGCUUUGCAUCAAUUACAGAUCGUCGAGUCUGACGACACCCUGGACGAAACGGUCGAGAGUAAUGGUCAAAAACUUGUCCCAUCAAUGAGCCACCAGGCAGAUGCUCCACACGCCGCGGAGGGAUCCGAACCGGCCGAGGCGGAGGAUCAAACCAAGCGCCCCAACUCCCAGAGCUGGCGCCUCUAUCGGUACUAUGUGCAACUCGUUGGAAACCAUCACACCCUGCUCUUUAUCGUCCUUAGUGCGACGGUUGCCGGGGUCUCCGUUUAUCAACAAUACUGGUUGACCGACUGGGCCGAUGCGGACUCGAACCACCAACUCUCGAUGUAUAUCACCGUCUACCUCGGGCUCCUAGUGGCGACUCUCGUCAUCAUUUUUGGCUGGUGCAGCCAUUAUCUAGAUAUCAUGAUUCAAAAGGCAUCCUUGCAGCUGCAUGAAGCGCAGCUCCUCGCCUUCCUGAGGGCGCCCAUCUCCUUCCUUAUGGCUGCCAAAGCGGGGGCCUUGGCCAAUCGAUUCACCCAGGAUAUUAUGCUGGUGGACGAUGAGUUGCCGGUGGCGCUCUUAAAUACCGUGUCCUCAUUCUUUAGUGCACUUGCAGAAGUGGUGGUCGUCUUCGUGGCAUGCCCAGUCAUGGCCGCCGUGACCCCGGCACUGUUUAUUGUGUUCUGGAUACUCCAAGUCUUCUACCUGCGUACCUCUCGCCAGCUGCGUGUUCUCGAAAUUGAAGCCAAAGCGCCUCUGUCCCAGCACACUCUGCAAUGUGCCGAGGGACUCGCGACCAUCCGUGCCUUUGGCUGGACAGCUGCGCUGCAGAAGGAGAGCACUCAGUACGUAAGCGCGGCCCAGGAGCCAAUGUACAUGUUGUACAGCGUCCAGGUAUGGCUGAAGAUGGUGUUGGACCUCAUCAUUGCCGGGAUGGGUGUGCUCUUUGCAGGUCUGGUGGUGAAGUUGCGCUCCUCUUCAGAGGCGGGUAUGAUUGGAUUGGGAUUCAUCAACAUUAUAACGAUGAGCACCACCAGUCGACGGUUCAUGGUGGCGUGGACCACCCUGGAGAUCUCCCUCGGGGCGCUCUCGCGCAUUCACUCCUUUGUCACCGACAGUCCCUCCGAAGACGCAGGCUCCGGGUCUGCAAAGCGACCGAUUGCAUGGCCGACCGAAGGAAAGGUCGACUUCUGCAAUGUUUCCGCAAGUUACACCGCACAAGGCAGGCCGAUUCUAUCCGACAUCAACCUCACGAUUCAUCCCCGUGAGAAGAUUUUGAUUUGUGGACGAAGUGGCAGCGGGAAGAGCUCCUUGGUGUCCUCCUUACUACGCCUGCUGCACGUCUCUUCGGGCACCAUCCGCAUUGAUGACAUCGAUACAUCCACGAUGUCCGUGGCAUCGGUGAGAUCUGCCUUGACGGUUCUUCCGCAAGACCCGUUCUUCACCCCCGGCUCCAUUCGAGAUAAUAUGAAUCUGGGAGCGACCGUCUCGGAUGAUGAUCAGAUGCAAACCGCGCUCCGCAAGGUUGGGCUGUGGACGUAUGUAGAAGAAGAGCUGGGAGGACUCGACAGCACCCUUGAUCCGAAGUUAAUGCUCAGUCAAGGGCAGCAACAGCUGUUCUGUCUGGCCCGGAUGAUUCUGCAGAAGGGGCAAAUCAUCAUUAUCGAUGAGGCCAGUAGCAGUGUUGACAAUGAUACGGACGCCCGGAUGAACGCCAUCAUCCGUUCCGAGCUGCACGACCGAACGGUGAUCUGUGUGGCGCAUCGGCUGGACCAUCUGCUGGAUUAUGAUCGGGUGGUGGUGCUACAGAGUGGCCGGAUCGUGGAGACGGGAUCCCCUCGGGCACUGCUGCAGCAACCAUCAAAAUUCCAGGAGCUGUGGCAGAGCAUGCAUGAUACCAAAGGGAUCAGCGAUAAGUAG